CCUACCAGGUAGGGUCCUCUUCACGUUUCGCUUACCUAACAUACCCUAGGUACCUCACAUACCUCACAUACCUCACAUCUCUAUAAGAACACCAUAUCUCCAUGCAGCCAAUACGCAGGUCCCUUUUAGACCUUCCAGCUGAUAUCAGAGAGCGCAUUUAUCUAGAUGCCGGUCUCAUCUCAGAUAAUAACCUCAGCUUGGGGUUGAGGUUCGGAAUGUGGAACUUCCUGUGGAAUCCUACAAUUCAGCUGCACAGCGUCACUCGUAACCUCCUCCAAACGUGCAGGAGUAUUUCUGCUCAUGUCAGAUCAAUUAUUCUUACCAGGAAUGCCCUUAUCGUUGCCAGGGAAAGUUGCCACGAUGCCCUACGGAUCUUGCGUCGUCUAUCGCAAGAGGAGUGUCGGAGUAUACGCCACUUAUUUGUUCACCUGCACGUCCAAGAUAGUCUUCAUGAUGGGCCUGGCUCUGAGGUCCAGGCUACCACUCUUCCCCCUGAACGAAUAGUGGCAUGGCAAGCCACAGCCCGGCAUCUCCUAUCGCAGAUAAGCCCAGGCACGUUAACGUUGCAUCUGAUUUCUGACACGGGCGACAGCUCAGAGACUCGUGCCAUUUGUCAACCCUUACUUGAGUUCCCAGGCAAGCUGAAGGACUGCGAGCUUCGGCUCGGGUCGAAGCAGCAACAUCACUUGUCUGUUCUAGCUUCGAACAUUGUCACCCGAAUUCGAGGAGGCGACCCGGACACGGGGACCAGUCCCUUCCGUUUCUUAGACCUUCCGGCCGAGAUUCGGCGGCAUAUUCUCGAGUACACUGACCUCGUGACGCCUUACGGCCAAGUCCGAUGGAACCAAAAAAAGGGGUUUCACGUCGUCUUUAGGUUUAGGGGCACUGGAUAUAUGGAACAUGGCUGUUCGCACAGACACCAAUGUGCCUGCAGACGGCUGUUUUGCACGUCGGUGACUUCCAUCGUGACAGGGUCCUUCUGCCGCAGCCGGCGAAGCGCAUACUCCUCCCACUGCCACUGCUGGGCCCCACCAAAAGCCUUCAUGUCCGUCAGCCGUGUGUUUUACCAGCACGCGAUCGAUGUAUUCUACUCGCACAAUAACGUCACGAUCAUGCCGUCUAAGGGUGCCACACGCAGCGUCUGCACUCGCUAUAGCCUGCUUCGCCUGGACGCGUCGCGGUUCAUCACGAGACACAUGUGGCCGGAGGUGCUUCGCCAUAUCCACUCUCUAGAGCUUAUCCUUCCGCUGACCAACUCGGUAUCCUGCCCAGAAUUUCGGAGCCCUCUCUACUUAGACUGGUGCUUCGCCAUCGCACACCUCAAAUGCCACGCGAACCUGGACAAGUUGAAGCUCAUCGUCUACUCAUUGGUAGAUGCUCCCAGGGGCUUUAAACCUAGCCCCCUCAUACAUGCCGACUGGAACGUGAACGCGGGGCCUCCUCUGCUACUCGAGGCACACACCCGCCUUCUGACGCCGCUGCAGUUCAUGCGGCCGAUCAAGUAUUUCUUCGUGUUUCUGGAAUGGUGGUGGCACUGGACACCUGAGCACCUCGCGCCGUCUAGCACGACUGAAAUAUCAUCCCACGACGCCUUUGCAGCUACCGCUGAGCAGCAGCAGCACUGGGCCGUGGUCGAAAUGGAGUUUUGUCUCGAACGCACGGUCAUGGGGGACGGAUAUGAUAGCUUGGCCGUGGGAAAGGCAAAGGAGCGGCAGAGUGUCUGGAUGUUUAAUGAGGAUUAGGGGGUAAGGAAGGAGGCGGCUAAAUCAAGCAUAAUGAUAAUGACUUUUGAAAAUUGGCAAUCUAGUUCUUUAUAGGCCUAAGCACUAGGCAUCCUUUCUUUUCUUCUUUUCUUGACCGAGGUAUUCAAUCCCGGGGACACUGACAAUAGGAGUACAGAGUAUCUGAGCUAGCUGGCAUCUUGAACAUCUUAGCUUGGUGGAAUAGGAACGUGCCGAAAUUUUUUCUUGAGCGUGUCAGGAUCUGCCGAACUGCAUGGCAAAGCACCGACGCAGAUGGUUUAUGACUAGAUGUUGGUACCUACUAUGUAUUUGGGUACCUCCACUAUACCUAUUCCACCUAAAUUCUAGUGCAGGUGUCUCUGUACCUAGUAGGUAUCAAUACCGAAGGAUCCACGGCUCUUAAUAGGAUGGAGUACUGUCCAGAGUACUAUCUAGGGUAUGCGAGUUCAAGCGCAGCCUUAGUAUCUAAGGUUAGUAUCUCUCUGCUGUUGUUGUUGCUGUUGUUGUAAGAGUCUACGAGCAUCUCUACGAACUAAACUGGUUCGUACAUCAGGUGCCACGGCCAUCUCAAGAAUCUACAGGCGUGGUGUUGACGACUUGCCCAUCAUGGAUGUAACUAGGCUAGAGACUUGGCUUGCGAGAUGCGAGUGAAUGUAAAAGGCGCAUGCCCC